AGCCGUUGGGUGGUCACAGAGUUCUUUUUGUAAAGAAGAAGAAUUCCUGGCCUCGUUCGAAUUAAAAACUGCUUUCAAAAUUUGUGAUUCCGGUCUCGAAUAUACCAUGCGUAUUUCUCACGCCAUCUCAGUCAUAUCACUUUUUGUUUCGAUCUUCGCUACAACUGAAGGUUUCAACAUUCCCCAAAACCCAAACGAAGCCGGAGUGUCUAAACAUCAAAGGGUUCUUGAAGAUGAUGUAGGAUAUGAAUAUGGACGUGAUCAUGGUCUGGGUCACAGCGACGAGAAGGAAAAGGGGAAGAAAUUACACCUAUCGGCCGUCCUCAACGAAUCCGAUCCUCCUUUCAACGCCAUCGUACAAUGUUGGGAACUGUCCCCUUCAUUCGUCUCUUAUCCCACCACCGGGCAGGCGUUGAGUUUGGGAGACACUGCCAACGCGACUUAUGUCGUGCUGCCUCCUCGUGGUGGUGAAGGUUGGCAUCGACCGCCUAGUCCAAUGUUCUUCGUCUUGCUCUCUGGUCUAGCUCAUGUCAAGACGUAUCCUCCGACCUCGACUCUCACGUCACAACCCUCACCACCACAAGAAAAACAAGAGAACCGAAGCGACGACGACAACGACAACAACUACAAAGAACCAACAGAAUCAUUGUAUGUCGUAACUGGAGUCAAUCCACUCAUCAUCGCCGUCGACACCGAUACUCGAUCACCUGGACAUUUGACCUUUUACCCUAGUGACAUCGAAACUGUGGCUUUACAGGUCCCUUUCAAAGACGGAAAGAUCCCAGGACAUCGUGUACUAUACGAUGGACCAUGUCGGAAGUGAUUGUGUAAUACUACACGG